AUGGCCCAGUCGGACUUGAAGCGGGAGGCGAGGUUCUCGAGCACAAUGCCGUCGGAGGCGGCGAAGAAGGCGAGCACGUGGGAGAUGAAGUGGCACUCGUUGGGGGACAGCGCCUCGUCUCAGUGCUGGGUGUUGGCAGAGAGGUCAACCUCCUUCGCCGUCCAGAAGGACGCCACCAGCGUCGCCGUGGAAGGCAUCGUCGGAGGCGUGCUGACCCGUCGGAGCCGUGCCGCGCCUCGACCUGCUGGAUCCAGCAGCAUCACCCCUGGAUCUGGCGCCUCUCCACCUCCGCACGGGAUCUGGUGCCUACGGGACCUCGUCGCCGGCGACGGCGGCCGCUCCCACAGCAGCCAUGGCCAUGUCGCGAGUCGAGAGGAGCACGGAGGGAAGAGGAAAGGGACGGAAAAACAUAAAUUGACAGCCCCAAGCGACAGCGUUCCUCCAUCUCAGACAGGAAGAGGCGCUUCACCUGACGCCCCUCCAUGCUGGGGGUGGGGGCAGCGCCAGCUGGGUUGGAGGCAUGGGUGGCAGAGGUCUUCUUGUGAUGCUCACAAGGCUCAGAAGAGCUGCCCUUCACUGCGUUGGUCUCUUGAGAAGCUGCUAAAACACUGUGAGGUACUGAUGCAGAAGGUGACAUGGAACUAUGACAUGUCUCUUCAGCAAUCAAGGCAAACAAUACAUCAGCAAUGGAUGUAG